AUGCGCUACUAUAUUCUGUUAUUUUUGCUUCCAGUCUUUGUUUCCGCGCAACCACCACCAGUUAGCCCUAAGAGGCCUGUUACUCCUCGUACUGGUGCGCUAUGCUGCGCCAGCUCAGGCAUUGCCGACCCUACCUACACCUGCAAAAACAUGGGUUUAGACUCGUUUUGUUGCACGGCCAAACCCAAUUUUAAAGCGCGGGGGUGCGACGGCCUGGGAGGAAUCGCCUCGACUGGACGCAGUGUCAAGGGCUUUCCACCUCCAAAUGGUGAAUGUGGUUGGACUGGGUUUAUUGGAUGCGCGUAA